AUGGCAGAUUGGACUGUUUUGAAGAACAAAACCACUGGUGAGAGAGAGGAUCAAGAUUUUGAUGAACAAGAUGUUUGGGGUGAUUAUACCUCAAAUAUCAAAAGGGUCUCUAAGGAUCAUAAGGAUUUUUCUUCUGGUUCUAGUUCUGGUUCUGGUUCAUCUGCAUGGACAUUACCAAGAAAAAAUAUUCCAAAGGGUAAUAAUGCAGUUUCUGAUGAUCCUUUUGCGAAAGGGUCAUCAUCGUCAGCACCUAUGAAGAUUCCUGAUUGGUCUAAAGUUUAUGGUAAGAAAAAUUGCAAGAAUGGUGAUGAUGAAGAUGAGGAUGAUGAAGAGGGUGAUAUGGUUCCUCCUCAUGAAUGGAUUGCUAGGAAGCUUGCAAGGAGUCAGAUUUCAUCUUUCUCUGUGUGUGAAGGGAUGGGAAGGACACUCAAAGGAAGAGAUCUUAGCAAAGUUAGGAAUGCUAUUUUGACCAAAACUGGCUUCAUUGAGUAG